AUGGCCCCGGCUCCUCGGAAACGCCGCAGGGCACCCACGAACCCUAUCGAGACUGCGAACCGCAAGUCGGAUGAAGAGUUCAUCAAAGACCACCUGCAAUCAAGGUUCGUCUCCCCAUCACUCAAGGCAAGGCGCAAGGCCGAGCGGCGGAUCCCGGACUGGACAUCAUGGACGCAUCCCAAGACCGACAAGCCCUACGCCCUCUCGCUGAAGUCGUCGUCGGCGCUCGCCCAACACGAGCUGCAGGCCUGCUUCGACCUCGUCGACCGCACCAGCGGGGCCGAUUACCGGGCUUCCAAGGAUGGGUGGAGGCCCGCGAGCAAGAUGAAGGAGAUGAGGAGCCCCGACCUGAGGUACAUCCUCGUCAAGGAAGCUGCAGCAGCAGCGGCGGUGGCGGCGGAUGCUGAUGGCGAUGACGGAGGCAAGAUAUGCGGCUUCACAAGCCUAAUGCCGACGUUCGAGGAGGGCGAGGCCGUGGUGUACUGCUACGAGAUUCACCUUUUGGAGGAGUUGAGGGGCACCGGCAUGGGCCGCCUGCUCAUGGACCACCUCGUUCGGGUGGCCGAGAGCAUCCCCAUCAUCGAAAAGGUGAUGCUGACGUGCUUCCUCGCGAACGCCGGCGCGCGCGCCUUCUACGAGAGGCUCGGGUUCGAGAGGGACGCCAUCUCCCCCGUCGAGAGGCGGUUGCGGUUUGGAAAGGUGUUUGUGCCGGAUUAUCUCAUCAUGAGCAGGAGGGUGCGCGGCGAGAGCGAGAGAACAAAGCCGCAGAACGGGGACAGCGAGAAGACGGGGUCAUGA